CCGAAGAAGAGAAACGGACCAAUAGCAGAGCUGACAUUUGUGUUUUGAAUGAAACGCGGUUGAUGGCAGCUGAACGCUAGUUGUACAAGUUGUUUCCCAGUCCUUCCAGAGUAAUGUCCUCCAGGAAGUCAAGUUCCAGUGGGGAAGGCUUGCCUUCAAGCAGAUGUGGAGAACGUACCCCUCUCAGAAGUCUGGAUAAUGAAAUGCCUCAUCUGUCAACUCCAUCAAGGUUCAAAUCAAAAUCACUGCUCCGUGGAGACGCUGUGAAAAAGGCCGAUGUUCCUCUCUGUGACUCAGAGCCCCACUUGCGCUCUCCUCCAUCCACCAAAGUGAUGCAAACCGUUGCUUCCAAUACUGACAUGACAUCUACUGAGACAGCUUGUGGACUUGGAGAUGUAACAUUUAAAUCCUUCAUCUGUCCUGGUGGGGAGGUUGAGAUUACAGGCUCUUCAGUGUGUGAAGAAGAUAGUAUUAUUUUGCCCGAAGAUCAGCCUACAAGAAACACUUGUGGAACCGAAGAUACGGUCAUCUCUGACAGCAUGGUAGUUCAGUCCUGCAGUGACCACAUAGAACACCCCUAUCACAACCCUGAGGUGAAAGAUGCUUCCUUGGUUGACAUUGACGCAGCAUGUGAAAUUUCAAACUCUACACUGGCCUCUGGAGACUUGGAUGAUAAAUGUGCCACAGAAGAUAUCAGAGCUUUUCAGCACGACUUCUGUGGGAAGACAGAAGUGACUUUGAAAUCCUUUGUCUGUGAUGGCGGUGAGGUGGAAGUUUCUGAUGUCACCAGACUACAAGAUGAGACCAUUCCUCUGCCCAAGCCACAGCUUGGUGAACCUUUACAAGACAACAGUGUGAAUUUAACAAAUCUGUCUGACUUUGGUCAACUAUGUCAAGUGGAACAUGCAGAUCAUCUCUACUGUAGUGGUGAAAACGAUCUUUGUGUUAUCACCACCUUGUCUGGGGCCACAAAUGGUUCUGAAAAACCUGCUAAUGGACUGAGUGACGUAACCUUCAAAUCAUUUAACUGCACUGGGGGUGAGAUUCAAAUUUCAGAUGACACCAAACUUGCAGAUGAGACUGUUCCUCUACCAGCUGAACAAACUGCGGCAUGCAGCGAUUCGUUUACCAUUUACAAUUAUGGUAUAGAUCCAAGCAUGUUAGCCAGUGACCAAGAUGUUCAAAACGGUGAUGAUCAUUUAGAUCACCCAUACUGUAAUAUUGAAAGUUAUCCACCAACCCCAAGUGGCAACCUUGCCAUUAACCAGGAACCAUUACCAUUCAGUCUUGAUGCUGUGGAUGAAGUUAAACAGAUUAGCUUGGUGGUACCUGAUAGCCAGACUGGCAGACAGGAGGGUAUUACAUUCGGCUCGUUCAUCAGUGCCAGAAGUGAGUUUGAUGAAUCAGAUGGCAACCAGUUAUCUCAGAAGACUUCCCUUCCGCCUGACGAUCAUGCUGUGAUCUGCCAGCCCAGGGAUGACAACAGUGUACCCACUUCCAGUACACAGGAUCACAUUCAAGAUAACUACAAUAUCAGCCACAUAGAAAACAAUAAAGUUGUGGUAGAAACUGACAGACCAGCUGUCAGUACAUCUUCUGUGACUCCCCUGUCUUUAAAGGCACUGAAUGACGAAUCUGUUCACUCUCAAAUACAAGAAACAUCGAUAAAGGACUCCAUACAUCCUGAGGACAGUGCAUUGCCUUCAGUGCUUCACAAAACUGAAUCCGACUGCAGCCCCCCUGUGACCUCGGCAGAGACUCCAACCCCUGUGGAAGUGCAUCUGGAGCAUGUCUCUCAAGUGCAAAUCAGCACUAGAGCCCAUGAAUCCAAUGAGGAGAAAGACAGCGCUCUCGGUUCAUCUGGAAAUGGACCUGUUCUUUGUAAUUCUGCAGAAAAACCUUGUGCAGAAAACCUCCCUGAUGUUCUUAAAGUGCUGUCUGAGUGUCCCACAGUAGCAUCAACUUUUCAGUUUGGAUUCCUCAGUCCUGAUGUUAGGAGAGUUUCUCUAUUUGCAUUAAAGACUCAUAAGGAUCUUCCUGUGGACCAAUUUUUGGCAGACGAUUCUGCUCUUGAGGGUGAAAAGAGCUUUGUAGCCCCUGUUAACGUCAACCCCACUGGGUUCUGGGCAGAGCACUUGGAGAGCCCCAUGCCACGGCCUCUGUUAAAUUCUACAGCACUAGGUUGCAAGGCCCAGCUAGGCCUAGUAACUGAGCCAGUCGAGGAUGUGGGCGUGAAGCCUUGUCCAGUGCGUCAGCCUGAGGUGGAAAAGCCGGUUCUGGAUAUCCCUUUGAUUCCAGAUGGUCCUCUGCAGCAGCAGCUUCGGCAGAUGGCAGAGUUCCUCUUCUUGGCGUCAGGAAAGAUGGGUCCUGCUGCUGCCUCUGCGCCCGAUCCACCUACUGCUACUGUCACGGUCCCAUUGGCAAGAGCUACUCCUGCAGAAUCCCACAGUGUCUGUGUGGGCACCACUCCGAUGAAAUGGGUAGAUCACAGUGUCAAUACAUCUGGCCAAUUUGAGAGAAAGAGGGAUUUCUCUGUGGCUGAUUCGUGCACUGUAACCGACCCCCUCCUGUGGAAUGUACCUCCAGGCAGUCUUGAGUGUCUCCCCAGACAAGAGCUGGAACAGAGGUUAAGGUCUAGCAUGAUCAUGGUGGAGGCUCUGGUGCAGCAGUUAGCUACAGCCAGGACACAUGGUUGUCCAUCUACAGGCCCUGCACCUUCAGACCUCAGGGAGAAACUAGUGCAGACUGACCACACUGAACUCAGUCAGACCACAUUGCACAGAGACCUAUAUUUGGAGGCUCUGAACAGGAUUGGUGAGUUGGAGUUGGACGGAAGUUCCCUACAGAACCUCAUCCAGUGUAUGCAGGACAUGAGGGUCACCAUGACUUCUUUGAGUUGUGACACGGAUGCUGCUCUCUCUAACAUGAAGCAAAUAGGAGACGUUGUCAGAGAGGACCAUCAAAGCCUUGUUUCACAUUACGGUCAGAUGAAGUCUCUAUGUGAGAAGACGAAGGAGACACAGACAGCGAUGAUGCAGAAGGUCAAAGAUGCUCUUCACCAAAAAGAUGACAUGAGGAUACAGAUGGAAGAGGCCUUCACAGCCAAAGAGGCUGCCUUCAGUGCAAUGGAACAGCUAAGGACACACUGUGCCACAGAAAUCUCAGACCUGGAGAGGAUUGUGGGGCCUCAGCAAGAACUGUUAGCUGCCCUAGAGCGGACUUACCCAGAACAGGUUGCAUUAAACCAGGUCUACACAGAAACGCUAAAUUCUGCGUCUGAUGUUUUGUCCAGAACCAUAGAGGAACAUUCGAGUCUGAUGAAAGAACUUUGCACAGUCAGAGGCCUUCUGCAGAAAACUGCUCCCAUGCUUCUGAAGCUGAAUGAGAAGGCGGCCGCUGCUGUGAGAGAGCGGGACGAGCAUAUGUCUGCAAGAGACCAAGCUGUCGAGGAGAGAGAGCAGAUAGAGGAAGAAUGGAACCAAACUAAUUUGGAUCUCCAAUCUGCCAGAGAACAGAUUGGUGAUUUAAAUCUUCAGGCGACAAUUCUGACUUCAGAGAUGGGUGUGCUGCGCCAGAAGCUAACAGAAAGGGAGGAAGAGAGAGGUCAGCUGGAGAGGAAGGUGACGGAGCUGUCUGCCACUGUUUCCUCCACUUUGGCCUCCUACACCUUCCUGGAGCAGGCCCUCGCUGCCGAGACUACAAAGUUGCAGCAGUCAUGGAAGGACAUCCAGCAAGCCAAGGACAGAGCAAAUGAGUUUGAGGCGUCACUGGGUCAGUCAGAGGAGCGUGUGUGUGAGUUAAGUCAGGCUCUGGCUCAAAGCGAGGAGCAGCUCAGUCAGCUGAAGCUCCUCUCACAAUCCCAGCACAUGGAGAUCCAGCAACUCCAGGACGUUUGCACACAACUCAAUGGUGUCCGGGAGAUGAACGAGUUCUUACAGAUGGAGAAUGAGUUGGCGAGGGAGCAGAUGGCUGAAAGUGAGCGUAUGCUGAGGGCCAACCUGCAGGGGCUCCGUGAGAGGAACAUCCAGUGUGAGGACCUAAAAGGAGAACUUGGUCAACUUCAGCUUGAGAACAGGAGUCUGCAGGAGGAACUGAAAACCACAAGGUCCAGAGCCAGUGCAACCCAGCUGGAGCUAAGAGAGAAACUGGGCCAGGCAGCCACUGAAAUUACUUUGCUGCAUCACACACUGCGAGGGCUGACCAAUGAGCUACACGCAGCUCUCAAUGACCAGAAACCAGAAUCACUGAAGGAUAAAGAGUCUCAAGCAGUCCACAACGUGGAGCGUCGUCACCCCUCCAGCUCUUUUGUCGACAGCAUCAUGGUUGCAUUAACUGCUGAGAAGGAGGAAGAUGUCAACAAGGAGACACCUCCUGGAUCAGUCCCCUCAGACAUGCCUGAGCCACAGUGUGAAACUUUGUUCAGUGAGACGAGCGCCUUCACCCGCAUUGCAGCCGUCACCCCGAAAAAGAAUUUGAACGCAGUAGAGUUUGAGCCAGAGGAGGACGAACAGAGCAGCGUCACAGAGCUGUUCGCUGACCUGGGCAGCACCGUCACAGAGCUCAUCAGCACCCUGAAGUUGGUGCGGCAGACUAAAGAUGCUCAGCUGGAGGAGCUGCAAAACACCAUCUCUGGCCUGCAGGUGGAGCAGCAGGCUGCCAACAACAGACACCAGGCUGAGGUGUUUGAGCUUAAGCAUCAACUUGGCCGUCUGAACAGCCUGGUUGAGAAAGGAAGUCAAGCACUGCAGCAGAAAGUUCAGGAUGAGAAAACUGUGACAAAGUUGAUGUCAGAAAUACAAGAGACCAAGGAACUUCUAAAUAAACACAAGACUGACAGUAAUGAUUUGCGGAAGGAGGUGGUUGAGCUUCGUCGUUCCCUCCAGCAGUCAAAGGUGGAGUCUCAAUUCCUGCGUGGGGAAUUAAGAAAAGCUGGUGGCCAAUCAGCUCCUGCAGCACAUUUCAUGGAAGAAAAGAUCCAGUUAUUGAAGGAGGUGGAGAAACUGAAGUUGAGUCUUCAGGAGGUGGAGCAGGCCAGAGUUAAACUCCUUGAUAGAGCAAAAAGACAUCAAGUCAUCCACCAGACCAACCAGCAGAAAAGUGAGAAUGAGCUCCAGAUGUUAAACAACAUGAUCAAUAAAGUCAGAGAGACCCUGCUGUCUUUGCCGGAUGUCAUGAAGAAUAGUGAACAACUCCAGCAGCUUAUUGAAUACAUUGGCUGACAUGUUUGUUAUUGCCACCUGUGUUCAUUGUAUUUAUGUCCGCUAUGUUUUAGUUUGGCUUGUGUUCAUAUUUUUAGUAUGAUUUAAAAUAAAGCAAAUUGUCUUCCUUUUUAUGUGCGUUUCAGGAGUAAUGCCAGUGAUCUAAUUAAAAUUUCAAAAUGUUUGUCUAUUUUGCAUCAGCAAAUGUUUGCUAAUAUUCAAAACCGCACACAGACACAGUUCACUGUACAUACCAUGUACUGCAAACAGACGUGUGUUGCUCCAAGCUGGACAGUGAACAUGUCGCAGUUUUUCCAGUGUCAGAUGUCAUUCGUAGGUGUUUUCAAUGUGAUUAUUGUUUUUAAUUGUAUACAUUUGUGUGCCAGAGCAGUUAAUAUUUUGGCCCAGUAUUUAGUUCAAGCCAUUUAACAGUUAACAGGAAAUUCUGGUAGAAAGUAGUAAUGAGACAUUUAUCACACUCCACUCAGAUUUUCAUGUUUUGGUUUUUGGUCAUAAUAAGUAAUGUGCCAAAUACACAACUUCAUUCAGAAAA